CACCUUCCAUUUCACUCAUCAGCGGUGGUGAUGGCCCUCCGAGCUUCAACCACCGCUAGACUCCGCCACCACCAACCACCGCCACCACCACCACCAAAAACCCUCAUCCCCUUCAAACCCACCCCCAGGAUCCAACCCAGACCCGAUUCUUAUCUCUCCCUCUCCACAUCCACCACUCUCUCCCUCUUAACCCUCUUCACAUCCCCCAUUGAAGCUCAUGCUUUCACAAUAUCCAAAGACGAUGUCGUCUCAUCUCUAACUCAAGUGGAAGAGAAAAUCGAUCUGGUUCAGAAGGUGGGUUAUAAUGUUUUUGAGUUCACAGGGAAUGCAGUUAAAACGGUGACGGAUUUCCUAAAGCCGGCGGCGGAAGUGGCAAUGCCUGUGUUAAAGCAGGCCGGCGGUGAGGCGAUCAAGAUUGCUUCGCCGGUGAUUUCAGAGGCAUCGAAGAAAGCUCAAGAAGCGUUUCAGAGCUCCGGUUUUGAUACUCAGCCUGUAUACGACGCUGCUAAAACGGUGGCAGAUGCAGCAGAACAAACUGGGAAGGUGGCGAAGCCGAUUGCAUCCACGACGGUGCAGACCAUCUCAUCGGCGGAUCCUACCACCAUUGCCGUCACCGGCGGAGCUUUAGUGCUGGCCUAUUUUCUUCUCCCGCCUGUCUUCUCCGCCAUCUCUUUCAAUUUUCGUGGGUACAAAGGUGAUCUCACCCCUGCUCAAGUUCUUGAUCUUGUAACUUCAAAGAACUACACUUUGAUCGAUAUUAGGUCGGAAAACGAUAAGGACAAAUCCGGUGUUCCACGCCUUCCUUCGAGUGCCAAGAACAAAAUGAUCGCGGUCCCAUUGGAAGACUUACCGAGCAAAUUGAGGGGCAUCGUUAGAAACACGAAGAAGUUAGAAGCCGAAAUUGCAGCUUUGAAGAUAUCUUAUCUCAAGAGAAUCAACAAAGGCUCCAACAUUGUGAUCCUGGACACGUACACCGAUUCAGCAAAGAUAGUUGCUAGAUGCUUAACGGAACUAGGGUUUCAGAACAGCUGGAUUGUGGCGGAUGGGUUCUCCGGAGGCAAGGGAUGGUUGCAAAGCCGAUUAGGAACGGAUUCGUAUAAUGUAUCAUUCAGUCGUGUUCUAUCGCCAUCUCGAGUCAUUCCUGCUGUUAGAAGUUUCGGUACUACAAGCUCGGCCAAGUUGCUUUCUGAUUAAACCCAUUUUCAUUGUUUCUUCGAAUUAUAUGUUUAUAACAGUGGUCUUAAUGUGCAUUUGUGGUUCAUAGAUUAUGAUCG